AUGGCCGCGGAGCAGCUAUCAGGCGCCCAGGGCAUCCGCUCCCUCACAAACCACGAUGCCGUGUUCCACGCAUUUGACUCUUACCCUUGGACCAAGGACAAGGCCUUUUUGUCUGGCCUUCACGCCAUCCUCGGUGAUCCCAACUCACCGAACCAGCAGGGCUCACCCGCGGACAUGGCCGUCCACGCCCGCAUCUUCUACUACUCCCAGCGCGUCGGCGUCAGCAUAGACUUUGCCGCCUAUCAGGCCUGGCUUGCCGCCCAACCGGAUCACACCGCGCCCAAUAUCCUCCCGCCAGAGUAUCUUGCCAGCAGUAGCACUAACGGCGCGGCGGCGGCAGCGCCGGUACUCGACUGGCAAAAGGCUGCCCCCAAAGCUGAUCUCUACGUCGAUCGCGCCGCCGCUGCUGCCGCCGCCGGAGACCAGCCCGCGUACCCAAUGGCUUUUGCCGAGAUGAUCAAGCUGUUGCAAGAGGGCAAGGAGGUGCCCGGUAUUCGGCAGAUCCCAAACACCAUCAUCAGAGAUCCGGCUGUCAAACCUGUCGGAGCUCGCACAGCGCCUCGCAAGCCCUGGGAAAAGGAUAUCCCUUCCCCUUCUGACGAUGCGUAUAGGUUAGCUGCUCUCGAUACCGAAUUUCCACCAGUUGAUACGCUUUCUGAGCAACCUGAACCAGAGGCCGUUUAA